AUUACAUGUACCUUAUUUAGUAGGUAGUAAGUCCCAGUAGACAGUCCGACGGACGUCCUUCCAACUCCAUCAUCAUCACCAUCGUGGGACCAAAAAACCUCUCUUGUUCAUCUGCCAUGAAUCUCCUCACCAGCCUCGCAAUCCUCGCAAUUCGCCUGUCCCACGUCCUCGCCGACGAAGAUGAUAUCGCUGUCGGUCACCACAUCAUCUGGUCUUACCCAGGACCUAACAUUCCUCAAACCCUCCUCGACGCAACGCAAGCCGGGAAAGUCGGAGGCGUAAUCUUCUACAGCGAAAACAUUGACAAAGCACAAGAUCUUCCCGGUCAGAUCCGCGCUCUCCAAGAUACCUACAAGCAGUCUCCCGGAUAUGCCGGUUUCCCUCUUCUCCUCGUUACCGAUCAGGAAGGCGGAAUUGUCAAUCGUCUACCUGGAGGUCCCUCGCAAUCCGCAAAGUCCAUUGGUGCCAGUCCAGACCCUGUGGCGGCAGCCCGUGACGCGGGCAGUCAAGUGGCGACGGUGUUUUCUCAAUAUGGUAUCAAUGGGGACCUGGCUCCGGUAUUAGACGUUCACAGAGCAGAGGGAGACUUUACGGAUUCGCAACAACGCUCCUUUAGCUCCGAUCCUACCAAAGUGGCAGAAGCUGCUGCGCCGUGGAUUCAAGCUCUGCAGGAGAAGGGUUAUCCGGCUACUGCAAAACACUUUCCCGGAUUGGGCAGCGCCGCGACACAGCAGAAUACAGAUCGGGUGCCUGUGACUCUCAACACCAGUGCGGAUGACUUGAGAAAUGUGGAUAUGUUUCCUUAUACUGCAGCAAUUCAGGCAGGCGUGAAGAUGGUGAUGACUUCCUGGGCCAUCUACCCUGCUCUCGACGCCGACAAACCUGCGGGCUUGAGUCGGAAGAUUGUGCAAGAGGAACUUCGGCAACGACUGGGCUUUCAAGGUGUCACUAUUACGGAUGCACUAGAGGCAGGGAGUCUGACAUCUUUUGGAGGUACGGGAAACUUGGCUGUGAUGGCUUGUCAGGCUGGAAUGGAUAUUGUACUUGCUUCUGUGAGACGUGUCAGUCAAGGAGAGGAUGCUCAUGUAGGGAUUGUGCAGGCUCUGAGGGAUGGUGGAAUUGAUCGGACAGAGUUUGACCAGGCGACGGAGAGGAUCAUUGCAAUGAGGAAAGCCUUGCCGCAGUGA